UUUUUUUUUAAUUAUUCUCCCUUUCGCUUCCCCCCCCCUCUGAGGAUACUGUGGGGGGGCUCGUAGUCGUCAUCACCAUGGGAAGGAAGUCAAGUAAAGGGAAGGAGAAGAAGCAGAAGCGACUGGAGGAACGCGCAGCUAUGGAUGCUGUCUGUGCCAAGGUGGAAGCUGCGAAUAAACUUGGAGAUCCCUUAGAACCCUUUCCGGUGUUCAAGAAAUAUGACAGAAAUGGGUUAAAUGUCUCCAUCGAGUGUAAACGAGUCUCCAGCUUGGACCCGGCCACACUCGACUGGGCUUUUGAACUAACCAGAACAAACAUGCAGACCUUGUACGAGCAGAGCGAGUGGGGCUGGAAAGACCGGGAGAAGCGAGACGAGAUGGCAGACGACCGAGCCUGGUACCUGAUCGCUGUGGAGGAGGGCUCCCUUCCCGUGGCUUUCUCGCACUUCCGCUUUGAUGUGGAAUGUGGGGACGAGGUCCUCUAUUGCUACGAAGUGCAGCUGGAAAGCAAAGUGAGAAGGAAAGGUCUAGGCAAAUUUCUCAUACAGAUACUGCAGCUCGUGGCAAAUGGCACACAGAUGAAGAAAGUCAUGUUAACAGUAUUUAAACACAAUCACGGGGCCUACCAGUUCUUCAGAGAAGCUUUACAGUUUGAAAUCGACGAUACCUCACCUAGCAUGUCUGGAUGCUGUGGGGAUGACUGCUCCUACGAAAUCCUCAGCCGAAGAACAAAAUUUGGUGAGAGCCAACACGCUCACCUGGGCGGUCACUGUGGAGGCUGCUGCCAUUGAAGAUGUCCGUUGCGCUCCAUAAGAAUCCGGGUCUCUCUCCACGUAAGCCUGCCUUUCUCCUUGAUUUUUCUCUGCCUCAUCCUGCCCCCGCCCUCCAUUUUUUGCUACACUCCCAAUCCAGGACAAGCGGACUCCUCUAUUGCAUCCUGAAUACCAGGAUGAAACAUCUUCCUCCGUAUGGGAGGUUCUGGAAACCGAAGUCAAGCCUAAUCCUUGGGCCUAGUGCUAGAUCGUGCUGACCUUUGGCCUUGAACUGAAGGUGUGAAUCCAGGCAGCAGGUCUCCCCCACACUCUUCUAAAGGUCAUAUUUCUGCAGCUAAGGACAUGGUUAUUCCCCAAAGUGAGCGGGAAGGAUAACUCGCUCUACAAGCUUAAGGGCGGAUGAAGAAUUUGCUUUUUGUGAGUUUUACAGAACCGUUAUUGGAGUGGCAGGUCCAGAUAUGUGACCCUUCUUCGUCUGCAUUGAUCUGUGCCUCCCUCUUUCUCUCUUCCUUGAACAUUGCAAAGAUUGGAACUGCUACUUUGCCAGAGAACUACUGUGUGUAGUUCAUUGGACAUGAUUCCCUGUGUCGAGUAGCUGGGAAAACCUUCUCUGAUUCCAUUCUGUUUGGAUUUCUCCUGGAUGUGUGUUGAGAACAGCUCUUGCAAUGGGAUGGGAUAGCUUCAUAGAGAUUUUUUAGAAGCGUAUCUUACGUAAUGCUUUGCAUCCAUAUGAUGGCCCCCUGGGCUUCUGCCCCUCGUCCUGUAUAUGUGGGGGAAAGUUUUGAUGCAAAUGGUGAAUCCCCGAGUCUGCGUCCCUGCAGGAUUUUACGAGUUGACUCAAGCAAGCUGCACAGAUGACCCUCUGUGUCCGCACACAACCUGGAGCAAACUGCUUGCACAAGUCAGAAGCGGUGUGUCAGAACUGAUUGUUUUGGUGUCUGAAAUGCCCAGCUGAAGGAGGUGUGCAAGAGCAAGUUCACACACCGUGAAUUCUUUGUCCAGGCUGCCCUGCAGCCUCUUUGGUCCACAUUUUAAAGGUAACCAGCUGCAGUGACAUUUAUAGAUCUGUAUAUUACAAAGCAAGUAAGGUGUGUGUGUGUGUGUGUGAGAGAGAGAGGUUUUUAAAGAUUUUUUUCCCCCUGAAACUUGGGCUUUACACUGCCCUGAAGCUUCACUGGAAGCAGAGGGGCUACUCCUUCUGCUGGCUGUACCCUUGAACCCAUGGCAUUCUCUUCCCAUCCCUGUGAGAUGGCAUAACAAUGUGAAAUCUUACUCCCCUUUUCAUCACGCUCCAUUUGGGGCUCAGCCGCCACAUCUGAGACCUGCUGUUUCGGAUGAACACCACCAGAUGUUAACCCGCUUCUGCUGUUACCACUGCCCCGUCCUCUGCAUGUCUCUGGCUAGCUAGCCCUUGCCGUGACCUGCUCACCACGGCAGAGCCACAUUCAACCUUCCAACACAGAAGCAAUUCAGGAGCUGCCAGCCAAUCACCGGUUGCGUCCUUCUCUCAGCACGUGGGCUUCUGGGAGCCCUGACGAGCCUUUCCCACCAGCCAGAACCUCAAGACCUCACUUCCAUCUCAGGGUGUGUCUCUUUGCCUUUGCAAAAUGGGUGCUCCUUCUCUGGCAUCGCGGUUUGCCCAAGUUUUUUUCGUGUGUGUGUGGGUGAACUUAAACGCCAGCUAAUCUCACCCCUGUGAUACUUGUUCCUUUCAAUACCUAAAGCCUUUUAAUAACAAUAAUAAUAAUAAUAAUAAUAAUAAUAAUAAUUAAUGGCCCUGGUGGUUGAAUUGCAUCUCAACAAAGAGAGAGUAUCUCUUUGUUUUUCCUCCUUGACGAUUGGAUUGGAGCCCCACAAGUUUGGAUUUGUGAUUAUGAUAAGAGUUCAUGUUUAAGGCCAAGGUGGGUUGUGGGGGGCAGGGGGCUUCUUCUAUGGAUGGCUUUUCAUUUGAGAUUUAAGGGAGAAGGGCUGCUGAGCAUGCUGGAGGAGGCUUGGCCAACAUCUUGAGCGUCUGGGGAUCAGAUGUGGGAUGGGGUGGGGGACAGAUCUCCCCAUUCCUGGCCCUACGUCGUCAUUGUCGUCUCCCCCUUGCUAGGUCCAGAAAUUGGUGGAGAGGAGAAUGCCUGCAAGGUGAGAAAUGGGGUCUGUUUAGAGUCACAUGCUGUCACUUAGCUUCCAGAGAUAAGAGCUCUCGUAUGGCUUUCGGCCGUCAGCACUGCGGAAAGGCCCAGGAACUGGCACCGACUUCGAAAGCAGCCCGUGAGAGAGCUGGGCAAGCGCCAUUUCCAUUCUGCAGGGCACCCCCUGCCUCAGGAAGCGACGGUUGCUCAGGAGGCCUCUGCGUUAUCCCAGAGGCUCCUGGGGGCAAACUCUUGUUUCUCCAGGAUAAGAAGUGUUGGGCGACCCUUACAGACCCUGCCCCGACAGCAGGGCACCUCCUGGGAAGUUUGGCGCAACUUCCAGGUAUGAAAUCAUGCCAAGGGAAGUCAGCUGAGCUGGUCCAGGUGCUGCCUCUGAGAUUAUAGGCCGUACAGACAGGCUGGGGGGGUUCUUUAGUGCGCCCUCGGUUUGUGCAGGACCAUCCCCUGCCCAGUGUAACCUAACGGGAAAGCCGGAGCCCAGUUUCGUGUGGCUUGCUCCCGUACCAGUAGGACCAAGCUGAGGCAAAAGGAGUCUUUCUUUUGAAUGGGGCAUUUGCUCACCUUGGAUGUAUUCCCUUUUCUUUCUAAAAGUAAGACUUUAGACCAGCCGUCCUAAACCUGGUGCCCUCCAGAUACGUGAGACUACAAAUCCCAUCAUUUUCACUGUUGGCCAUGCUUGUCUGGGAAUGAUGGGGGCUGCAGUCCCACGCAUCUGGAGGGCAUCCGGUUGAGGUUGCCCGGUCUUUUCUCCUCAAGACCCAUGAACCACCACCUCCUCCAGACCUUGCUCCACAGCCUGUAACGGUUUGGAAACACUUGGACCUCGCUUAAAACACGCAUGACCAGGUCGUCUUUGUUGUUGUUCUUAACGUAUCAUUGGAUUCUUGAAUAAGGAGGUUUCUUAACUAAACCUGUUGCUUUAUUACAAGGGCAAUAUCGCUGUUGAUUUUGUAUUUUUUUGUUUGACGUGGUAGGAUGGUCUCUGGAGCAUCCAGCUCUUAGGCAUUUGAACUGUGGCGAAGCUAAGAGUUCUCUGGACGUUUGUCCCCCAUAAUAACCUUUGACGUAGCAAUUUGAUUUAUUUUGGACUUUUAGUAUCCCUAUAAAUGGGUCUCCCCCCCUCCCCACCCACCCCAAUCAAGAAAAGGUGAUUUGCCCUGGCUAACUCACCUGUCUUUUAUUCCUUCCUAAAAUCUGGCAUGCUUACUACUUUAUAUUUUUAUUGUUAACAAGUCUGCAUUGUAUACAAUUGUGCAUUGUGCUUCUUUUAAUUUUAUUUUUCUUCAUCUACCCUCCUUGGUUUGCAUUUUUUGUUGGUUUCUUCCCCCCCCCUUUUAUUUUUUAGAAUACUUUUUAAGGUAUUUACAUUUCUAAACAAAUACUUUCACUGGAAUCAAAGGGAACAAGCUGACUUUUUUUUAGAAAAAAUGUU